GUUGGAAUACGAGAUAUCUAAUUUGUACAAUCGUACACCACCGAUCACCGCCGAUUCUGAACUGAAUAGUGGAACUGGUGACAUUGUUAAGUCGAAUUCAAAAACCAGGAAUAGUAGUAGAAUUUUAAGUUUUUUAAUGGUUAUCAUCCUAAUCGUUCUCUUCGUUAAUCAACAAAAUCUUAACCUAUCAAAAAUCAAAUCGCUGUUUCCUGGUUAUGAUUUGGAUCAGUCUGUUGUAGAUCCCGCAUUUUGGGAAACUUCCCCAGCAGCAACAGAGAAUGAAUUUUGGCAUAUUGUGAAUCCACUGAUGGAAGAUCAAUAUGCAGAAAUUCGACCCACAAGAUACCUGACUUUGCUUGAUGACAAUAAUAUUAAAGAUCCAGAUAUUUCAACAAAAACUCCACAUCAUCUGGACGGAUGGAAAUCGAGCGUGAAAACGACGUUGAGAAGUCUUAUUUGGUUCUUCAAGUUUGUGAUACUCCCUGUUGCUGUGAUUGUAUAUACCAUAUACUCCCUGGUCGAUUAUUUGGUACCCUUAGAUCCGAAGGAUAAAGACAUUAAAUCAUCAGCUGGCUCUAAUAGUUCCAUGGGAAACACUAUCGUUAUUUCAUCGUCUAACAUUAUUUCUCCGAAAGUUACCACCUUACGUGGUCGCCAUUUGGCCGACGUUGAUCUACUAUGCGCGAAUGCUAAUGGGAUGAUCAUAUCCACCGCUAUGGAUAAACAUAUAACAUCAUGGAACGGGAGGCAAGGAAUAUCAUUGAAAAAGCUUGAAAGGUAUAUGCGUCGUUGUGAAUCAUGUAAAUGUGGCGUUACGGGAGGAAUGAAAAAAUGCAUUUCUUGGCCAGUUAGGGCAAUGUGUAUGAGUGAAAAAGUUGAGUGGGCAGCAGCUGGAUUUGAGGACGGGGUUGUGAGAGUCUGGAAUAUUCAUUCUGGUCAGGCCACGUAUAUUUUGAAGGAUACUGUUGAGGACGUAGAAUCGGUAGUAUCUGUGAUGACAGGAAAUCUGAUAAGAGAGCGCGUCACCUGUUUACAGAUUAUCGUACCGAAUUCUUCUUCAAUGAACAAUACGCCAAGUCAAGAACGUGGAUACCCAUAUUUCGCGACGGAUUCAAAUCAUAAAACACCUGCAAUGCUCCUAGCAACUUACAAAAGUGGAUAUUUUCGUGAGUGGGAUCUUGUUUCUGGUCAAAUCGCUCACACUGUUCCCACCAACCAGAAAGGAGGUAUAAGUUAUCUUUGCGUCGUUGACGAUGGUAAACAGGAUUACGAUCAAGAUGAUUUGCGAAUUUAUACCGGUGCACGAGACGGUUCUGUCAAGUGUUGGAUUCGUACGAUUUAUUAUUCAGAAAAUGAACCAAUAAACUCUCAUACAGAUCCAAAAGAACUACGCAGGAGUCGAUGGAAAUCACCCUAUACGAUUUCCGGGGAACCUGGUAACCCAAUCACUAGUAUUGCUGCUAAAACAAUAAAAACUCAAGACGGUUAUCUUGGUAUUGUGGUUACCGGUGCCUCUGAUGGUGAAGUGAGAGUUUAUGAUUAUUUGACAGGAAGACAUAUUGAAACGCUAAGUCAGGGAACCAUUGGAAAAAAACGUCGUGCCGAAGAGAGAGAAAAACUCUUUUGUCCUUGUGGAAUUACCGAGGAAGCUGGAGGGUUCGCAAUAAUAACCUCAUCCGGAGAUGAAAAGGUACAUGUAUGGCAACUAAUACGAAGCGUAAUGGAUUGUACAUGUAUGGCGUUUAAAUUAAAGCAACCGUAUAUACAAAAUCCUUUUGUAAAUAUCUCAGAGUGCUAUCAACAUAUUGCACAAUUUGGCGGGGUAGCAUCUUAUCAAACCAAAUUCAUUGGACGCGUCAGUCAACCUGGUGGUUCGGCUAUCGUGUUCCUUCGAGAGAACAUAAUUGGUGCUCGUCGUGUCAAAAAUUCGCGCGAAUCAGUGCAACCUCAGAAACGGUGUCAUGGCGCAGAAGGUGAAUGGGAAUUAUGGAUAUUGGAUAUUAAUGAUGCCCAGAUAAUUGAGAAAGAUAGAGAGCAUGAUGAUUUGGAUGAAUAUGAAGAAGAUGUUGAGUUGGUUGUUCAAGUCAUUCCAUUGGUUUCCGAAAAAGAUUUAGUUACCGAAGAACAACAAAAAAUGAAAAAAGAAGAGAUAAAACGACGUGAUAAAGAAGGUGUGGGAGAAUUAAAAGGAUUUCGUAGUCCAAGGCACCGUGUAUAUCCUGACGGUAAGAAUGACCGGCAGUUGGCACUACUCGAGGAGGAAGACGAAAUGAAUGAGCUAUUACCAUUUGCUUACAUAAGACAGGUGGUUAAAGUUGGGGAUGAUGGAGUAGCUGUCGCUUAUG